AUGGUUCUGAAUAAAUCUGACCAUAUCAAAAAAGUUACUGAACAUAUUCAGACGGAUCCAUAUGAAGAAAUGAGGAAGCCUGUAGAUACAAUGAUGAAUAAGGUUAAGAAAUCUACAGCAGAACCGGUGCGCAAAAUGAAGCCGUCGCUAGGUGAGUCUAAAUGGUUUAAUUUAAUGCCUAAAACUAAUAAUGCUAGUAGAAUAUAUGGUACUAUUAAAAUACAUAAGCCAGGCCACCCCAUAAGACCAAUAGUAGAUCUUAGAAAUACCCCCAAUUAUGAGUUAUCAAAACACUUAGCUCUAAUAUUUUGUCCCCUUAGAAAUCGUUCAAAUUCCAGACUAACUAAUUCAUAUGAGAUGAAGAAUAAAAUAAAUGACAUUCAACAAGCGAAGGAUGAAACAAUGGUUAGUUUUGAUAUAACUAGUCUUUAUACUAAUAUACCAGUCAAUAUGGCUUUAGAAGCAGUUAAAAAAGAACUAACUGAGGAUCCUGAACUGAAUCAUAGGACGAAGCUGCCCAUUGAACAAAUUAUUUUAGGGAUUCACUUAUGCCUCACAUCCACUAUCUUUAAAUUUCGAGGCAAAAUAAAUUAA